CUGGCAACACUUAAAUGUGAUACGCCAUCUUAAAAAAAUCUCUCUGUGUGAAAAAGUCUAGUUGCCGCUUCGAAAAUAUUGAAUUAUUCGCAUAAAAUAGCAAUACCGACUGGAUUAACUAAACGCAAAGGAUCAAUAAAGAGUGCUGCGCGUUUGUGUCGUCCAUGUGAUGCCAAAUACCCAAUAGAUAACAGAAGAAACCAACUAAACCCCAGGCUAGAAGGUGAAAGAGCAGCAAAUGAAACAAUAACAAAAUAACAAUUGAUGUGCCAUUCAUUCUGAGAGAAAAAAAGAGAGAGAGAGAGACAACAUUAAAGCUAAGCGUGAGAAGAGACAAAAAGAGAGAGUAUUAUCAGCAGCAUUGCAAAUGUCAGGAAUCCCUCCAUGAAAUCAACAGAAUACAGAAACAAAAGUCAGCUACCAAAAAAAAACAAAAGAAACACCUGUAAACCAACAUCGUCAUCAAGUGCAGGUGCCACAGUGUAUAUACAAGUGUGAACGAAUUUAAGAACAAAAAACCGUCAAAGGCAAACAUCAUCAUCAUUUCACCAAUUCAUUUUCUCCUCCUCCUCGUUGUGCAUAAAUAGAUGUCAAGAUAAGUCGAUAUCGUUUUAAUACCGCCAUUAAUAUUACACAACAACAACAACAGUUGGUGCAGCAACAGAAGGGAAGAUUACAUAAGCAGUUAGCAACAACUACAACAGCAAGAACUCUACGACGAGGAGGACCUUCUGUCGAGAAAGGCGCCGCCAUAAGGAAGCUAGACUUCGCCUCGAGGGGUUUAGCCGAUAAUUACAAAACGCCAAAUUCAACUGCGAAAGUCGCCAACAUAACACAUAAAAUUUUCGGUUGGCUACGCAGAACACGCAACAAACGUCAUCCUUCUGCAGCAGCGCAAGUCGGAAUCCCCAACAGCGAUUUCGACGAAGACGGCGACGAGGGCGACGUGGGCGAGGGAGGCGAAGGAGGAGGCGCAGGCGCAGCGGCCGCCAGCGAUCAACAGAGACAACAACAAUUUUCAUUUGCGCAUAAUCGUAAUAAUAAAGCCGGCAAGCUGAAUACCACACAGACAGCCACGGAGACCGCCGCCAUCGAUUCAAACGAACCCAAAUCUGAAAAGAUGUCAUCGGGCACGUUUGUGGAUCGAAUCGACCCGUUCGCCAAACGUUCACUCAAAAAGAAGAGUAAAAAGAGUCAAGGUUCCUCGCGCUACAGAAAUUCCCAAGAUGUUGAGCUGCAGCAAUUGCCGCCGCUGAAAGCCGAUUGCUCCAGCCUUGAACAGGAGGAGCUCUUCAUACGGAAAUUACGUCAGUGUUGCGUAUCAUUUGACUUUAUGGAUCCAGUUACGGACCUAAAGGGCAAGGAAAUUAAACGUGCCGCGCUCAAUGAUCUAUCCACCUAUAUAACACAUGGUCGUGGUGUCCUAACGGAACCGGUGUAUCCUGAAAUAAUACGCAUGAUAUCAUGCAACCUAUUUCGCACAUUGCCACCCAGUGAGAAUCCCGAUUUCGAUCCAGAAGAAGAUGAUCCCACAUUGGAGGCAUCGUGGCCGCAUCUGCAACUGGUCUAUGAAGUUUUCUUGCGUUUCCUCGAAUCGCAGGAUUUUCAAGCGACCAUUGGCAAGCGUGUGAUUGAUCAGAAGUUUGUACUCCAGCUUUUGGAACUGUUCGAUUCGGAGGAUCCACGUGAACGCGACUUUCUCAAGACGGUGUUGCAUCGCAUCUAUGGAAAAUUUUUAGGUUUACGCGCUUUUAUACGAAAACAGAUCAAUAACAUAUUCUUGCGGUUCAUCUAUGAAACGGAGCACUUUAAUGGCGUUGGAGAGUUGCUGGAAAUUCUUGGCAGCAUCAUCAAUGGUUUCGCCUUGCCACUGAAAGCGGAGCAUAAACAGUUUCUGGUUAAGGUUCUAUUGCCGCUGCACAAAGUCAAAUGCCUAUCGCUAUAUCAUGCUCAGCUGGCCUAUUGCAUUGUACAAUUCCUGGAGAAGGAUCCAUUCCUCACCGAGCCGGUGGUGCGUGGCCUGCUGAAGUUCUGGCCAAAAACCUGCUCCCAAAAGGAAGUUAUGUUCUUGGGUGAAAUCGAAGAGAUCUUAGACGUAAUCGAUCCGCCACAGUUUGUUAAAAUCCAAGAACCUCUGUUCCGGCAGAUUGCCAAAUGCGUAUCGAGUCCACAUUUCCAGGUGGCUGAACGUGCUCUUUAUCUCUGGAACAAUGAAUAUGCCAUGUCGCUUAUCGAGGAGAACAAUGCGGUCAUCAUGCCCAUUAUGUUCCCGGCCCUAUAUCGCAUCAGCAAGGAGCAUUGGAAUCAAACCAUUGUGGCGCUUGUCUAUAAUGUAUUGAAGACGUUUAUGGAAAUGAAUUCGAAGCUAUUCGAUGAGCUAACUUCCAGCUACAAGGCGGAGAGGCAAAAGGAAAAGAAACGCGAACGUGAUCGUGAAGAGCUGUGGAAGAAGCUGCACGAACUCGAAUCCAAUCGUUCCAGCGGGCGUGCCGCAGGCGGUAGCGCUGCGACAGCGAACAGCGGCACAUCAGCGGCAACAGGAGGACCGUCCUCGUCAUCAUCGUCACUGCAGCCCUCCAGCACAGCCGCCGCCGCCGCCAUAAACUCUCAUCAGCAACAGUCGAAUAGCAGCAGCAGCGGCGCCGACAAUAAUCCUGCGACAGCAAAUGCAAAAAACAAACAGGAAAAGGCCGAGAACUAAGUAAACGCAAAUUGCGUCCGAUACUAAAAACAAUAAACGGCAAGAAGCGGAGGGAUCAAAAAACACAGAGAGAGAACAUAAUUCGUAAAAGAAAUCGCUGCUGCGCCGCUGGCUAUAUAUAUAUAGACACAUAUAUAUAUAUAUAAAUAUACAUAAAUAUAU